GAAAGGAGAGAUGGUCAGAGUGCGGAGGCGCGCCAGCGCGCGAGUGACCUAGGCGAUGCGCCGUCCCCACCACUGACAACACCAUGCCAGCGCCAAUAGCCGCAUACAUAACGCUCCUCACCGUCGUAUGGCUUUGUGCAAUCGCGGAUGAGAUCCCGUCGGCGGCGGUUCCGCGGUCCACCAACACCACGUCGGUGCCCGCGGACCCGCGGUCGCCCGUGGGCCGCGUGCCGCCGUACCAACCGCCGGCGGGAGCCGGACCCGUGCCGGGCUAUCGGCCCCAUAACCCGUAUACACGGGUGGAACCAUGGCAUCAACUACCAUCGAUAUUCGAUAGAAACGCGGACGUCAUAGCGGAAGACAUUGACCACGAGGAAGACGAUGGCGGCUGUAACGUUCCGUGUCCUAAGGAAAACUUCUCCUGCCAGAUCUCAUGCACCUGCAUCUCAAUGGAGAAGCGGUGCGACGGCGUCGCGGACUGCGCGGAGGCGGAGGACGAGGCGGGCUGCACGCGCGCCUGCGACGAGCAUGAGAACAGAACCCUGUGCCACACCACCAACGUGUGCAUCGCCGUGCACUGGCUCUGCGACGGCGAUAACGACUGCGGAGAUUUCUCUGACGAGACACACUGUGGUGGUCCAGCCAACUGCACGGCAGACCAAUUCACGUGCGCCAACGGCCUGUGCAUCCACAAAGACUGGCUAUGCGACGGCGAUGACGAUUGUCGCGACAGCUCGGACGAAACCAACUGCACCAAAGACAAGUGCAGAGACAACCAAUUUACGUGUGCCACCGGUGAGUGCAUACCAUCACACUGGCGUUGUGAUAAGGAGGCCGACUGCCCUGAAAACUCCGACGAGAUAGACUGCCCUUUGGACUUGAUACGCUGCGCUGAGGCAGAAUUUCAAUGCGACAACAAGAAAUGCAUUCGCAAAGAUUUCCAAUGUGACGGCGACAACGACUGCGGCGAUUGGACCGACGAGGACUUCUGCCCGAUGAUGCCUGGCAGCUGCAAUGCUGGCGAAUUUAAGUGUAGCGACGGCAAAUGCAUCCCAGAGCGAUGGCGCUGCGACACCGAGCGGGACUGCUCGGAUGGCGGCGACGAGCUCAACUGCGAACACGGCAUGCGGAACUGCACUAGCGACGAAUACACCUGCGCUGAUAGGCGGUGUAUAUUGAAAACAUGGCUUUGUGACGGCGUCCGUGACUGCUCAAAUGGUGAAGACGAAAUGCAUUGUCAAGUAUUUUGUGAAGAAGACCAGUACACAUGCGCGACUCAGGAUCAUCUCAUCAGCAGCGCGUUUAGGAACUGCGUGAAUAGAAAACAUGUGUGCGACGGAAUGAAGGACUGCCCUAAGGGUGAUGACGAGGAAAAAUGUCCAACGAAGAGGAAGUGCGGUCCAGAAGAUAAAUGCGAGAAGCAAUGUAUCACGACUUAUGAUGGACUCCCUGCGUGUGCUUGUCCUUUGGGUUUUUUAUUGGCUGAUGAUGGUUUUAGUUGCCGCGACAUUGAUGAAUGCAUGUAUGAGCAAGAUCCAGUCUGCUCCCAAACAUGUUCUAAUACGAUGGGUAGCUUCCAAUGUGGAUGUAUGACAGGAUAUGUCCUUCGCCCUGAUGCAAGAUCUUGCAAACCUACGGGAGAAUCGCCAACCCUGCUAUUCUCGAAUCGCAUUGGAAUUAAACAGGUUUGGCUCACUGGCGAUAACUACAUGUCUGUGGUAAAAGGACUUCAUAAUGCGGUAGCAUUGGACUAUCACUACGAGAAACAGCUAGUCUUUUGGACUGAAAACAAUCUGAGAGUCAUACGUGUGGCACAAAUGAACAACAAUAACAUUACAGAUGUUAUAAGGUGGGGUUUGGAAACACCGGGUGGUGUGGCAAUAGAUUGGAUCCAUGAUUUAAUAUUUUGGACAGACUCGGGAACCAGACGUGUUGAAGUAGCUACUUUAGAAGGUCUUCAUAGGGCGGUAAUAGCAGCCAACGAUUUGGAUAAACCGAGGGCUAUAGCCGUUCAUCCUGGAGAUGCUUUGGUGUUUUGGACCGAUUGGGGUCCUAAUCCAAAAAUUGAGCGAGCUGAUAUGGACGGCAACAAUCGCAAAAGUGUCAUUGUAAGUCAAAUAUUCUGGCCUAAUGGCCUGACUAUUGACUACAUUGAAUCGAAGAUAUACUGGGCGGAUGCAAAGCACCAUGUUAUAGAAAGUGCAUCUUUCGAUGGAAGAAAUCGAAGACGGAUCACGAGUAAAGGAUUGCCCCAUCCGUUCGCUCUAACAAUGUUUGAAGAUGCAAUUUAUUGGACUGAUUGGCACACAAAGAGUAUAUCGACUGUCAAUAAGAGGACUGGAAUGGGAAUACAAACUGUCCAUGCUGGAUUAAAUGCUCCUAUAGAUAUUCACAGUUAUCACCCGUUGCGCCAACUGAGGACGUAUAAGAACCGUUGCGGUGGAAAUAAUGGCGGAUGCUCACAUCUAUGCCUUCCUAACAGCAAUGGCUACUCCUGCCGAUGCCCUGUUGGCUUUAAUUUGAAUACUGACGGACGAACAUGCGAAGAAUCUCCGGAAAAACUUUUACUGUAUGCUCAAAGGAAAGAUAUUAGACUGAAACAACUAUACCCACGCAAGCAAAUGGAUUCCUUAGACAUGGUGAUACCGGUGGACCAUAUCAAAUCGGCCAUGGCUUUGGACUGGGAUCAUAACAGCAAUUCUAUAUUCUGGACCGAUGUUGAAAAGGAUACGAUCAAUCGAGCUUAUUUGGAUGGGUCCAAUCAGACGGUUGUUGUAGGGUCGAAUCUAAUUUCUCCUGCUGGUUUGGCAUAUGACUGGUUAACUGACAAGUUAUACUGGACUGACGCUGGAACUAACAGAAUUGAGGUGGCGAAUGCUAAUGGCAGCAUGAGAACCCUUUUAGCCUGGGAAAAUAUUGACAAGCCCAGAGAUAUUGUAUUAGACCCUACAGGAGGGGUGAUGUAUUGGUCGGAUUGGGGUCUGAGCCCCUGCAUUGAGCGCGCGGACAUGGACGGCGGAAACAGGGAACGUCUCAUUACCGGUGACAUGGUUUGGCCCAAUGGUUUAGCCCUAGACCUUGAUCAACAGCGUAUUUACUGGACAGAUGGAGGCAAUAAAACUAUUGAAUAUGCCCGUUUCGAUGGCACUGGAAGAACUAUUUUGAUAGGUCAGGACCUUUCACAUCCGUUCGGCCUGGACUUAUAUGGAGAGGAAGUGUUUUGGACAGAUUGGGACACACAAUCCAUACAAGCUGCUAAUAAGCACACUGGAAACAGCAGAAGAACUCUUGGAUCUGGCGUUGCUGGUAUUAUGGACGUCAGGGUUUUCCACAAGGAAAGGAUCAGUGAAGCUAAUCAAUGCACCAAAAACAACGGAGACUGUUCUCAUUUAUGCUUGCUAAAGCCAAGAGGUCGUUCAUGUGCUUGUCCCAUUGGAAUAAAAUUAAGCAAGGACGGUAAAACCUGCACAAACGGUCCAAUAAACUUUCUUAUCUUCGCCCGUCGCACCGAUAUCCGCGUGAUUUCGCUGGACGUGCCGUACCAAAUAGACGUUGUGUUGCCCUUGCCGCCACUAAAAAACGCCCUUGGAGUUGAUGUUGACCAAAAGACGGGUCUUAUAUACUGGACUGACACCGGUGAGAGGAAAAUUCAACGCUCUAACAAAGGUGGUGAAAAUAUAGAAACCAUAAUUGGCAAAGGUCUUCAUACUGCAGAUGGUAUCGCGAUUGAUUCAAGCGGGAGGAAGAUUUAUUGGACUGAUGGCGGUCGUAACAGUAUAGAGGUCGCUGAAUUAGAUGGAAGCAAUAGAAAAGUUUUAGUGUGGACUGGGCUAGAUUCUCCACGAGCGAUUGCUUUACACUAUGACCUGGGUUAUAUAUUUUGGUCGGACUGGGGCACUUCAGCUAAAAUUGAAAGGGCAGACAUGGAUGGAAAAAACAGGCGUGUUAUUGUCGACAACGACAUUAAAUGGCCGAAUGGCUUAGCCGUUGAUCGUGUCGAGGGUCGCCUCUAUUGGGAUGACGCAAAAGUCUAUACUAUUCAGACCUCAGACUUCAGUGGUAACGACCGACGCACCAUUCUGCAUAAAGUCCAAUAUCCCUACGGUAUCGUGAUCGUAGGUCCAUAUAUCUAUUGGACGGACUGGAAGACGGAAGCAUUGCACAGAGCCAACAAGACGAAUGGGAAUGAUUCAAUAAUUAUUAGAGAGAACUUGAAAGGUCUAAUGGAUAUUCGAGCAGUUCAGAAUGAACACCUCGCGAAAAACUUAUGCGGUCCUAACAAUGGGGGUUGCUCCCAUCUGUGCCUCCGUUCACCGGAAGGAUAUUCCUGCGCUUGCCCAACCGGUAUCUUAUUUGAAAAUCAAACGGAACAACACCCAAAGAAGUGUAAGAAACAUCCAGAUAAUUUUCUUGUGUUCGCGACAAGAGGAAGCGUGGCGUUUAUAUCGUUGGACACUCCAGAACAGUGGGACGUCACCCUUCCAGUCACCGAUGUUCAGAAUUCUAUUGCAGUUGAUUUUCACUGGGACAGAAAAUUAAUAUUUUUUACUGAUAUAGAAAAGAACGUAAUAAGAUCUAUUAACAUGCUGAACAUGAGCGAUACUAAAGUCGUAGUGAAGAACAGAUUGGAUGCUCCAAAUGGCCUAGGUGUCGACUGGAUAGCGGACAAUAUUUACUGGACGGACAAUGAGUAUAAGGUGAUCGAGGUCGCACGAUUGGAUGGAUCGUGCCGAAAAGUCUUGAUUAAUGGCCUCACAGAACCAAGAGCGAUAGCGUUAUUCCCCGCUAAAGGGUACUUGUACUGGAGCGACUGGGGCGAACACCCUAGCAUUCAGCGAGCUUACUUAGAUGGAACCCAGAGAACAGUGAUCGUAAAUAAAGACUUAGGCUUUCCUAACGGAAUAACGAUAGAUUUCAGAGACAGGCGAUUGUACUGGACUGACGCUUUAAAGGACAGAAUCGACACGUCAGAUUUGCACGGUAACCACAGAGUACAGCUGAUACCCGAUGCUAAACAUCCUUUCGGUAUGACACAGUUCAACGACUACAUCUUCUGGACAGACUGGUUUAAAAAGUCCGUAAUGCGAGCCGACAAGAAGACAGGAAAGAACAUCACAGCGUUGCGAACUGACCUGGAAAUGGCGAUGGAGAUAAAAGCGGUGACGUCGGAAAAACAGCGCGGAUGGAACCCGUGCAAGGAGAGCAAUGGCGGUUGCUCGCAUUUGUGUCUCUUCAGAGGACACGAUUACAUCUGCGCCUGUCCGGAUGAAGCAGACUCGAGGCCUUGUGAAACAAUUCCAAAUCCCAAGGUGGACAUUAGUCUGCGGCCACCAUAUCCGGACUACGAAAUAGAUCUGGAGGACCUCGACAAACGGCCCCCAACGCCCACUCAAAUCCCAGACACAAGUAUCAUGAGCAUCUUGCUGAUUGUUAUCGGGGUUCUGGUUUUCAUCAUCUUGGCUAUAGUUGUCCUGGCAAUUGUUUGCGUAAAAAUAAAACGCGAGCACGGCGGAGAACUGAAGGAGAACUACCGAGAAUCGGGCGGCCACAUCUCCUUCCACAACCCGAACUACAACUGCACCACCGGCGGCGGCGCCGACUCAACUGAGCGCAGACCUAAUCGAUUCCAAGGCAUCUUCAAAUAUGACAAAAACCAGGAGCGCGUCACAAACGUGUACAUCCCAGAGGGAACCAGCUUGCUCCCGCCGCCGCCGCCGCCACCGCACCGCCACCCGCCACGGCCCGCCACUCACGACGACUUUGAGCCCGUCACGCUGCACUCCUUCGCCUAAUGCGAAUAAGACAUUAAUGUGUAUCGCAUACUGUACAGCAAGAACAACAGGCGCACUGAGGUGAAAAUUGGACACAAAGCUAUAUUUGGUUUUAUUUUUGGCAGUGCGUGAUAGGUACCUAUAGUAUUU